GAACGCUGCAUGGCGAGCAAAGGGUUAAUUUCCCGUAAAACAAAUUAAAUAAUAAAGAAUGUUCCAUCUUUCUUGAUAACACAAUGUUUUGUACCUCCCGUAAAUUUUGCAAGUUAGGAUGCGCUACACGAGAUGAGAGUCCGACUAGAUCGGAAAUUCAGCAACGUCUUGGCACUAAUCUGGCACAAGUUCUUUUCGACUACAGCCAUCAAGAAGCUGUGACGCUGUUAGAUUCAGUACCUGCCAAACUUUCACAGCAAUUAUGUUGCAUCUCGGAAGACAGUCAGUUAAAGGCAGAUGCUAUAGGAACGUGGGCGGAAAAGCAGAAAAAUUUAAAAUCGUAUCUACAUAGUGAUAUUCUAGCACUGGGCGAAGAAGAAUUGAAGAAAUUUCAGACAGAAAUCGAAGUGAUAACACAGAAAAAAAUGAAGGAUGAAUUUGCAGAGGAAUGUCGUAUACUGGAAGCUGAAAAGAGAUUCGCUAUUAGAUGCAACGCAGAUGAAAUUCAUUCUAAAUAUGAGGAAUAUUUCAAAGCUGCUCAGCAAGAAUUGGCGGAGAAGUUGCAGGUAGAGUUGAUGGAUACAGAUGUAAAACGUAAUAAGGAAUUGCAAGAGGCUAUCACAAAAGUGCAAAUGGAUACAACACGCGAUGUGCUAAGAAAAAUUCGGCCUCAGAUGAAUUGGGUUGUUACAUCUCUUUAUAAUGAACUUGAGCAAACUCGCCGCGCACAGAAAGAAAAAAUGAUUAUUGAAUUUAAUAGCAUUAUGAGAAAACAGCAUCUCAAAUUUGAUGCAAUAAUCACGGAAAUUGAGAGGAAGAAAAUGGAAGAGUUGCAUAUUCAACGUCAUGAACUCGAAACACGAAAUGUAAUGAAUAUUUUUUAUACUUUUUUCUUGGAAGGAUUACGUAACAGUUUACAACUGCAAGCAAUAAACAAACAUUUUGAGGAAAAGAUUAAGUCAUUACAUGAACUUAUUGCUAAACAAGAAAAAACUAUGAAUACAAUGAGAGAAAAAAUUACAAAAUAUCGCAGUAAAAACAAAGUGCUUCAAGAAAAAAUUGAUGCUCUUACUAAGGAAUUUCAAAAAUUUAUAAAUUUUGCAUUUAAUACUUUACCAGAACAUGCUGACUUUUUAUUGCCAUUAGAUUUACUUUCUGUAAAUAGUACAAAUGAAGAAGACAGAUAA